AUGAGCUCUUAUUUUGUCAACUCACUCUUCUCCAAAUACAAAACCGGGGACUCCUUGCGUCCCAACUACUAUGACUGCGGGUUCGCUCAGGAUCUGGGGGGCAGACCCACGGUGGUGUACGGACCCAGCACGGGGGGCACCUUCCAGCACCCGACCCAAAUCCAGGAGUUCUACCAUGGAGCAUCCUCACUCUCCAGCUCCCCUUACCAACAGAAUCCCUGCGCCGUGGCGUGCCAUGGGGACCCCGGCAACUUCUAUGGCUACGACCCCUUGCAAAGGCAGAGCCUCUUCAGCGCCCAGGACUCGGACUUGGUGCAGUACACGGACUGCAAGCUCGCUGCCAGCGGCCUCGGAGAGGAGGCGGAGAGCUCGGAGCAGAGCCCUUCUCCGACCCAGCUCUUCCCCUGGAUGCGCCCGCAAGCAGCCGCUGGACGGAGGAGGGGGAGGCAAACCUACAGCCGCUACCAGACCCUGGAACUGGAGAAGGAAUUUCUAUUUAAUCCCUACCUGACCCGCAAACGGAGGAUCGAGGUCUCGCAUGCCCUGGGAUUGACAGAAAGGCAGGUCAAAAUCUGGUUCCAGAACAGGAGGAUGAAAUGGAAAAAGGAAAACAACAAAGACAAGUUUCCCAGCAGCAAAUGCGAGCAGGAAGAACUGGAAAAACAGAAAAUGGAAAGAGCCCAGGAGGUGGACGAGGAAGGGGAAGCACAGAAGGCGGACAAGAAAUAAAAGGAUUUUUAAGGACUGAAAGGCAAGCGCUGCUGGGGUGGCAGAGCCCUCGAGCCCCACGUUAAUGGCAGUUAAUGUAAGGAAGGGGUG